CUUAAGAGGAUCUUGGCGCGCAGCCGUCCUGGCAGGUCCGUGGAGUGAACACCGACCCGCGGAGGGAGCGGCGCAGGGGCGCAAUCUUGGCACCAUGACCCAGACGCCCGCCUUCGACAAGCCCAAAGUGGAACUGCACGUCCAUCUGGAUGGAGCCAUCAAGCCUGAAACUAUCUUAUACUAUGGCAGGAAGAGGGGGAUUGCCCUCCCCGCUGAGACAGCAGAGGAGCUGCGGGACAUCAUCGGCAUGGACAAGCCGCUCAGCCUCCCAGGGUUCCUGGCCAAGUUUAACUACUACAUGCCCGCCAUUGCGGGCUGCCGAGAGGCCAUUCAAAGGAUUGCCUAUGAGUUCGUGGAGAUGAAGGCCGAGGAGGGCGUGGUGUACGUGGAGGUACGCUACAGCCCGCACCUGCUGGCUAAUUCCAAAGUGGAGCCAAUCCCCUGGAACCAGCCUGAGGGCGACCUCACCCCGGAUGAGGUGGUGGCCUUGGUGAGCCAGGGCCUGCAGAAGGGAGAGCGAGACUUCGGGGUGAAGGUGCGGUCCAUCUUGUGCUGUUUGCGGCACCAGCCCUGCUGGUCCCCGGAGGUGGUGGAGCUGUGUAAGAAGUACCGGCACCAGACUGUGGUGGCCGUGGACCUGGCUGGAGAUGAGACCAUCCAGGGAAGCAGCCUCUUCCCGGGACACAUGAAGGCCUUCGAGGAGGCUGUGAGGAGUGGCAUUCACCGCACCGUGCACGCAGGGGAGGUGGGCUCUGCAGAGGUGGUGAGAGAGGCUGUGGACACGCUCAAGACGGAGAGGCUGGGCCACGGCUACCACACGCUGGAGGACGAGGCCCUUUACACCAGGCUGCUUCAGGAGAACAUGCACUUCGAGGUAUGCCCCUGGUCCAGCCACCUCACAGGCGCCUGGAAGUCGGACACGGAGCACGCAGUGGUUCGGUUCAAAAAGGACCAGGCGAACUACUCACUCAACACAGAUGACCCACUCAUCUUCAAGUCCACCCUUGAAACGGAUUACCAGAUGACCAAACAGAGCAUGGGCUUCACCGAAGAGGAGUUCAAGAGACUGAACAUCAACGCGGCGAAGUCCAGUUUCCUCCCAGAAGAUGAGAAGCAGCAGCUUCUUGAUCUGCUCUAUAAAGCCUAUGGGAUGCCGUCUUUGGUCACUGCAGGGCCGCAUCCCUGAAGACAUCGUGGUCGCCUCUCCAAGCCCUCACCUGUGGACGGAGCCUCCCCAGCACUGUGGAGCUGGAACGACACUUACCUUGACUCCUUCAGGGAAGAUUGGCCUAAUCAGCUACGGCUGCUCCUGAAGCCCGUGUGCCUGUUUCUACACACACCAAUACCUCGGCAUGCCGCGUCUCUGCCUACGGGCCAGACUCUGGUUGACUGAAACCUUCCUCCUAUGGUGACUCGUGCUGAAAAUCUGGUGCUCAAUAAAGCAGCCAAUGGCUGGUACUAUGCA